AUGACAUUAUACCCUACCAAAGCACUCGAAGUUCAAGGCAUGCUCCGUCAAGGCCUCCGUGAGCCUCUGCUGAGACGUGUGUUAUGGGAGACGGGCGCCGCGCCGGAUCGACCUCACUAUGCUGCAUCCGACCCGCGAGAUCUUCUCAUUGGUCUUCUCGGCCUGCUUAAUGAGAAGGAGAAGCGGGGCUUGGAGUUGAAUUAUACGCAGUCCGUCACAGAGGUAUUCACGCGGGCGACAAGGGCCAUGUUAGAAGGCUCUGCUCCAUCGUAUUUCAACCUCGACUCUGUGAAGCCUGGAGAAACCGAAGGGGAGCUGCCUACGUGGGUUCCCGAUUUCCGCGAGAUCGGCCGAUCCGGCGUUAGGCCAUACCCGAUCAACCACGGCGAGAAAUAUUUCUCCGCUGCCGGAGGAAAAUGCCAGUCUACAAGAGACGUGUCUGCGGGCUUCCAAAAGGGCAGCGCCCUCCAUCGCCGGGGAUGUAUCGUUGACGAGGUUAUUGAAGUGCUCCAGCCGCUGGCGCGGGCCUCAGAAAUGACUGCUACAGAAACGUCGAACCAGUGGGCAGCGUCCGUUAUUGACUUUGUCGGUCUGGGUCCGGAAUCGGGCCCAGGAGAGGAUUACGUCUGUAGGACCGUCGUAUACGGGUACGCCGGUCAUUUCCAUUUUUGUUGGAAGAUGUAUCUUGACGGCCAGAUGCAUGACGUACCUCAGAUACUUCGCAAAGUCAUGCGAAAAGAGCCUCUUGACGUGGAGAGCUUGUCGAUAGAGGGUCUCAAGUUUCUUCGCGGCGAGGGGAUGUGGGAUGGUGAGGCGCUGACGAGCGUCGAGCCUGUGAAGGCUGAGGAGACGGAACGUCUUGCGGAUAGACUUCGAUGGAGGGUGUAUUUUGACAUUAGCCGUAAGUCUCGAACACCUUUCAAGACGAGAAAGGGCAUGUUUGGGCUCGGUCACAUCGGGGUCGCGCCUGGGGAUGUGGUAACCCUCGUGUGGGGAGUUGGGUCACCGAUCGUUCUACGACCGCGAGAUGAAGGAGGAUACUACUUCAGAGGCGAUUCCUAUGUCGAUGGCAUUAUGCAAGGGGAAUUCCACGAGACGCAGCCUCGGGAGCAAGAGCUGAUCAUUCAUUGA